GGAGAGGAGAGCUCCUCGCAGCACCUGGUGAGAGAGGGACCCACUGGCGGUCUCUUUAAUGCGCCGCUUGUGUCUGGUUUGCCGUGAAUGACGUGUGUGUGUGUGUGGGGGGACUGAGCCGCUGCCCCCUGAACACAUCCCAGCUCAGCUCACACAGCGAUGCGCCCCGGCAGCGUCGCCAGCAGCAAUCGGGGCUGGAGCCCGGCUUGUGGUGUGUGUGUGUGCGACCGUGUGGCGGGGGCGGCGGGAGGGGAGGGGGAGCCGUGAGUGAGACCCGGAGGGGAGGAGAGGCUGGACAAUAGCAAUAGCAAUAGCAAUGCAGGGGGAGAUGGUGCAGUGAGAAGGAACUCAUGGGGACAGUGCGCCAGAGCUCAAAGUGUUAGGCCAGACAGGGGGGAGAUAAUGAACCCAGAGCUUCAGAACACGUCCCGUGGACAUGGUCGCUGGUUGUCCCAGUCGCUGGGUAAUGGUUCUGCCUUGGUGCCGUUCCCGGACGGUGUCAACCCGUGGGACAUCUUGCUCUGCACCUCGGGCACUGUCAUCUCCUGCGAGAACGCCGUGGUGGUGGUCACCAUCUUCCACAGCCCCAGCCUGCGAGCUCCUAUGUUCGUGUUGAUCGGGAGCCUGGCCGUGGCCGAUCUCCUAGCCGGAGUGGGGUUGAUAGCUCACUUUGCGUUCGCCUACCUGCUGCCCUCGGAGGCGGUGAGGCUGGUGACGGUGGGGUUGGUGAUGGCCUCUUUCUCCGCCUCCAUCUGCAGCUUGAUGGCCAUCACUAUUGACCGCUACCUCUCUCUCUACUACGCGCUGACAUACAACUCGGAAAGGACGGUCACUUUCACCUACGUGAUGCUGGUGGUCCUGUGGGGUCUGUCCGCCUCCCUGGGCUUUCUCCCCGUCCUGGGCUGGAACUGCCUGAAGGACGAGUCCACCUGUAGCGUGGUCAAGCCCCUGACCAAGAACAACGUGGCCGUGCUCUCGGUCUCCUUCCUGCUGAUGUUCGCGAUGAUGCUCCAACUGUACAUCCAGAUCUGCAAGAUAGUCAUGAGGCACGCCCACCAGAUCGCCCUCCAGCACCACUUCCUGGCCACAUCUCACUACGUGACCACCAGGAAGGGGGUGUCCACCUUGGCCAUCAUACUGGGCACCUUCGCUGCCUGCUGGAUGCCUUUCACCGUGUACUGUCUGGUGGCCGAUUACACCUACCCGUCCAUCUACACGUACGCCACCCUGCUGCCGGCCACCUACAACUCCAUCAUCAACCCUGUCAUCUACGCCUUCCGAAACCAGGAGAUCCAGAAAGCUCUCUGGCUCAUCUGUUGUGGUUGCAUCCCGCCCAACAUCUUACUACGAGUGCGCUCCCCCAGCGACGUAUAAUGAAUUGUUCAAUGGAUCCACUUUAACAAGCAACUGUAUAUUUUCUCAGGCAGUUCCUCGUUGCUGUCAAUACACCGUGAUCUAUUUCACUUCAACUCUUCUCGCUAUUAUUAAUACGUUCAGGUUCAUUCACCGGUGACUUUUCCACGACCUGACCUACGAGAGGUACCAACAUCGCCGUCUUUUUUUUUAAUCCCUGCAAUUUAAAUCUACAAAAAUAUUAUCGUGGCUAAUGUUUUUUUUUUGUAAACAAAUAUUUUCUGGUGUAUAAAUUAUUUACAGGUGGUCGCUUCCAUUUCUAAACUCUUGAAACUAUUUUAAGUGAUUUCAUUUUCGAUACAUACAGCAAUGUCUUAAUAAAUCACCGCAUAUAUUGCCAGGACUUUCAGCACUUUGUUGUUUCAAUGUGAAAGAUGUGUAUUAAUAAUAUAAUUGGUUUCUGAGAUAAUGUGUUAUACUUCCAAUAUACAAAAGUUAGAAAGAGAAUAUUAUUAUCUACUAUUUUAAGAACUGUAUGCGUUAGUUUUAAUCUGUAAGCAGCAGAAGAUAAACUGGUUGAUUUUAAUCUUGUUUUCCUGUUGUUUGGAUGUAGUUUUAAGAAACUUACAGUUAGAAUCAUUAACUGAAAUUAUAUGUGGGGUAGAGACAGGGGAGGAGAGAAGCACAUUUUUAAAUACAACCAACUAAAAAUGGUCUCCUCGCUACCUUAGUUGUUGCUCUCUGCUCUUUGAAACCCAUUCUCACUUUUCACUUCAUAAUCUGUGCUUUCUUCCAAAUCCCUAAGCACUUGAGCUAUGCUUUAGAACAUAGAUAGAACAUUACAGCACAGGAACAGGCCCUUUGGCCCACAAUUAUGUCAAAUUAAACUGAUCUCAUCUGCCUGUACAUGAUCCAUAUCCCUCUAUUCCCUGCACUUCCAUGUGCCUAUUC